AUGAUAUUCUCAGUAUACAUAAUAAAUAAAGCUGGUGGUUUAAUAUAUCAAAAAGAUUUCAAUGAGGGACUAGCCAAGCUUACUUCUAAUGAAUAUCUUGUGCUAGCGGGAACUUUUCACAGUGUACAUGCAAUAACUUCUAAGAUAUCGCCCGUUCGCAAUGUUACGUCAACAGGCCUCGAAGUACUUGAAGCAGACACAUUCAAACUCUGUUGUUACCAAACACUAACAGGUACCAAGUUUUUAAUUAUUGCCGAUCCAAACCAUCCUAAUAUCGAUAAUGUAUUACGCAGAGCAUAUGACAUUUACAGUGAUUACGUAAUGAAGAAUCCUUUCUAUGCACCAGAGAUGCCCAUUCGUAGCGAGUUGUUUGAUCUCAAUUUAGCAAAGCUAAUCAAAAGUGUCGGUGGAUAG